AUGCCUCGUCGAUCGUCUCGGGCCGUUCCCGCGUCGGCGGCAGCACCAGCGCCAGUACCAAAAAGGCGCGCGUCUGACAGACUCCCCACUGCCUCCAAGACAGGACCAAAAAGACAAAAGCCCGACAUCACCAGUACCACCACUGGAAGGCCCGUCAGGUCCACCGCAAAGAAGAGCAAAUAUUUCCAGGAAGAAAAUUCAGAUGAUUCAGAAAUUGAUUCCGACAAUGGCUCACUGUCGGAGGAUUCCCCCUCCAAGUACGACGACUCCGCAUCGGAGGAUGCGGAAUCAGAUGCAUUUCCCACAGCUGAUGAGGCGACAAAAACCCCAAAAAGAAAACCCGGGAGACCACGAAAGAGCCCAGGGAGCAAUAAGGGAGACACAGGAGGUACCGGAAAGAAAUCGGAUAGUAUUCUAGAAGGUGAUACGAACAAAGCAUUGAAAGAUAAGCAGUUGUGGAAGGAAGGUGUCAGAACCGGUCUUGGGCCUGGAAAAGAGGUCUUCAUCAAGAAGCCCAAAGCAAGGGAGGCAGGUACUGUGCCCUACCAGGAGCAUACCUUACAUCCCAACACCUUCCUUUUUCUUGUGGACUUGGCAGAGAACAAUGAGAGAGCUUGGCUCAAAGCGCACGAUGCGGACUACCGCGCCUCUAAAAAGGAUUGGGAGAGCUUUGUUGCAAGUCUCACCGAGAAGAUUUCAGAGAUGGAUAGCACGAUUCCUGAGUUGCCUGUUAAGGAUCUGGUAUUCCGUAUACAUAGGGACAUUCGGUUCAGCAAGAACCCUACUCCUUAUAAAACACACUUUUCAGCUGCCUGGUCCCGUACAGGCAAAAAGGGCCCUUACGCUGCUUAUUAUGUCCACUGUCAACCUAAGUCCUGCUUUGUCGGUUCAGGUCUCUGGCAUCCAGAGGCGGACAAACUUGCGCUUAUGCGAGAGGAUAUCGACAGGAAUUCGCAUCGCUUGAAGGCGGUCUUAGGAGAGGAAGGAAUGCGCCGCGAACUUUUCAAUGGGGUACCUGAUGAAGAGAAGGCUGUCGAGGCUUUUGUCAACCAAAAUCAAGAAAGCGCGCUCAAGACCAAACCCAAGCAAGCGCGGACGGGCGAUCCCGACUGGUCUACCCGUCCGGGUCGCACCCUUUUCCCACACAAGCCCCUGGGGCCUUUCAUGUUUGCCUUUGGGUUCAACGUCAUUGCUAUUCUUCGGCCUAGCACGGAAAUUCCUCUGGCGUCCCACAGCGGCUACGGCUUGGACAAUGAAAACAUUCGACUGCUCCGCUUGCGCAGUUUCACCAUCGGCAGGCCUCUAGCCGACGAAGAGCUUAUGAGUCCCAACGCACAGGACAAAAUUGCAGCUCUUAUUGGUAUCAUGGAACCUUUCCCGGUUGUGCUGGAGGUAGCAGGGGUUACGUACCUCAACAGCGUCGUCAUGCCCGAUCCAGAGGAUAUGGAUGCCAGUUCCGGGUCGGAAAGUACAGACUAA